UUGGUUUAGAAGCAUAUUUUUUUGUUUAGAGAAAUAUGAUAUAUGAACCUGCUGCAGUGUUUCAUCUGUUAUGUUUCCAAAUUAGAAAUUUCAGUGACAGUAAAUGAAAGAUCACUCUCAAUUACUAAAUCUUAAUUUCAUUUGUUUUAAUAGUGGGGCAUUUUUGCUAGGACAAAAUUGUCCUUACCACACUCAUGUGAGGUACCAUAUCUGUUUGGUAGCCUGCUUGGUCAGCUUCCUAGGACUAGGUCCUGUUUUGAAUGAUAGCUGGGCCCUGGUUUUUGUGGCUUUGGGAUUAAGUCAUUUCCUCAUAGUUACACAGGAAGUUUGUAGCAGGAUCAGAUCAAAUUGAAGGCUGCAAUGGGUUGCUUAUGUCGUCAAUAUUUGUUUUCUUAGUUCAGUCACUCCGAUUCUGAAAAUCAUUACAUACCUUCUGAAAAUUGCAAUUAGUGGUCACCUAGUGGAAGGAUAUAGUAUAAGCAGAUGAUUAAAAAAUGCAUCAUUUCAGGGAUACAGAAUGAAAAUUUUAGGACGACUACUUCAGUAAUCAAGUGGGCCAUAACUCCCUUUUUCCUUGAAGCAGUAAUGUUGUAACUGUGCACAUGUAGUACUGCUGCUGCCUUCGUUUGGUCAUGAUGGUAAGGGGUAGGAUCUGAGUUACCGUGAAGAGAUGGGCAGAUCGUGCUACUGAUGGGUGUCUUUUUGAAUCUGAUCCUGUGCUGUUUAAUGGAACUAGCUAAAAGAGAGGUUCCAGAUGUGUCAUCCAGCUGGUGCAAACCAAUUCUGUAUGGCUGCAUAUUGAAGACAUCAGCAAUGUGAAACAAUGGGCCUAAUUAUGGGGAAGAAUACAACUGGGUUUAGAUGGUCCCAAGGACAUAAAAUGCAGCUUAUUGCAUGGUAUUUGAACAGAGGCCUUGGACCUUGAGUUAACAUGAAAUUUAAAGUGUGAGUAUAAGCUACAAAAGUGAAUUUCCCUAACAAUUUUGGGGGGGGGCUGGGGAGUGAAAGGAAAAUGGUCUGGGGUGAUGUAAACUUUUUUUACAGGCAGCAGCUCAGAAUGAGCCUGAAAAUGGUGUAUGUGAAUGAGGAAAUAUUUUUAAGUUUAAAAAAAAGUUAAAAAUCAAGAGGCUAGACUUCUGGGUUUUAUAAUUGUGAGCAAAGAGUUGGAUAGUCACUGAUGCUAUCCUAAUUAACUCGAGGAUAAAUUUUAUAUUUGUUCUUUAAGUAAAUUCAUGGGUAUUAUAAGAAGGGUCCUCACACUGAUGAUUUAUACGGGUAUAAAUUCAAAAUAGUUUUGGGAACAGUAACAGCAUUACCUCAUUAUGUUUGUACUAAGGUUAUAAUGACCCUUGUAAAACACUGUCUAAAAUUAGGACUCUUGUCAGUAUGGGAAGAAAGGAAUCCCAAGGCAAUAGUUACACAUGCGGAGUAAAGAAAGCUCUGAAGAUCACCCUUCUGGCAGGGUAUUAAACCACAUCAGUGGAGGACAGCUCAAUGCUUUUCAGUUUAGAAGUACUGCAUUUGGUGAUCUUGAUUUAAAAAGAAAAGCCCAGCAGAGGAUAGCAUGUGUUUCCAUCUUCUUGCCUGUGUUUGUCACGUGGCUGUACAAAUACCUGGAGGCAGGUGGUGUGUGGCAGGAGGGAGCGAGCCAGGGCACUGGGGCUGCAUGUCUUAGUGGCAGUUGGGCUUGAACCUCAACGUGCUGAAACAGUCUUGUUUCUGUUUGCUGGUGUGCCUUCCUUUAUUUUUUUCUGCAUGCAAUUCUGAUUACUUUAGUGAAUUGAGGCCAUUAUUUAGAAUAUGUUAAUAAUUUGUCAGCUGCUCUUGCUGCCCUGUUGGGAGUGGGGAGACUUGUUUUGCUUGGUCCCAGUUGUCCCACUGAAGUGCUACCACAGUUUUAAGGGAAAACACUCAUACAAUUAACUGUAAAGUGUUGGGAUAGUUUGGAGAACUUUACAUUUAUUUAGAGAGCUGGGUGAAGAACUGGAAUGUGUUAAUCUACGAUCUAAGAGAAGAUGUUUAGUGGCUUGAUGUGACCUAUAGUUGUUGGGGAAGAACGUACAAGUGACUUGUAAUGGAAUUGCCCAACCCUUACCACACUGUGUAAGGUUGUCACGGAGUAAAAUGGAUGGUAGCUUUGAUUGUGAUUGUGGUGAGCUGGAGCCACCUGAUCAUUAACAGAAGGCAUCUUUUGUAAAUCAAGAGCUGCCAGAUUCCUGUUUAACUAGACUGUAAACAAAGGAGAGAAAAAGGAGGAAGAAGGAAGAAAAGUGCUUACCAGCACCAUAGAAUGACGCUGCUCAGGACCAGUCCAACACUGAAUGUAUCUGCACUGUGAGGAGGAGGAUGUUAAUAGAAGCCUAUUAUGUGCAUAUUUAUUCACAUUUUUGUUAAAUGUUAACCAGUUUAGCACAGUAGAGCUGAGUGCAUAGUAUGUCAUUUCAUUCCGUUUGAGUUUCUUGUGAGUAUUUUCUUUAAUGUCUGCAGAAAUGCUGCACCUUUCUUGAACUAUGAAUGCUGCAAUCUUUCUAUCUUAUGCUCAGUUUGAGUUCUAGAGCUCACGGGCUCUAAAUUCAAGGGGACACAACAGGCCUGGCUGGCUCAUAAUGAAAUGAGAGUGUCAAGAAACCAUCUUGCAGUCAAAGCCAAGUGUUUCUUCUCCCUUUCUGUAAGACCUUUCCUUCAGAUACCAGUGGAAGUGUCUCUGCGUGUUUACAGAAGCUUAGUAGUUUGAGGAAAAAGAAACGUAAAAAAAAUUUGAAAAUGGCAGAAAAAUUUGAAAGUCUCAUGAACAUUCAUGGUUUUGAUCUGGGCUCUCGCUAUAUGGACUUAAAACCACUGGGCUGUGGUGGAAAUGGCUUAGUUUUUUCUGCUGUCGAUAAUGACUGUGACAAAAGAGUGGCCGUCAAGAAAAUUGUCCUUACAGAUCCCCAGAGUGUUAAACAUGCUCUACGUGAGAUCAAAAUUAUUAGAAGACUUGACCACGAUAACAUUGUCAAAGUAUUUGAAAUUCUUGGUCCUAGUGGAAGCCAGUUAACAGAUGACGUGGGCUCCCUUACAGAAUUGAACUGUGUUUACAUUGUCCAGGAAUACAUGGAGACAGAUCUGGCUAAUCUGCUAGAGCAAGGCCCUUUACUGGAAGAUCAUGCCAGACUUUUCAUGUACCAGCUGCUACGUGGGCUCAAGUAUAUUCACUCUGCAAAUGUUCUGCAUAGAGAUCUCAAACCAGCUAAUCUUUUCAUUAAUACUGAAGACUUGGUGCUGAAGAUUGGUGACUUUGGUCUUGCACGAAUCAUGGAUCCUCAUUAUUCCCACAAGGGCCAUCUUUCUGAAGGAUUGGUUACUAAAUGGUACAGAUCGCCCCGUCUUUUGCUUUCUCCAAACAACUACACUAAAGCCAUUGACAUGUGGGCUGCCGGUUGCAUCUUUGCUGAAAUGCUGACUGGGAAAACCCUCUUUGCAGGUGCACAUGAACUUGAACAGAUGCAGUUGAUUCUAGAAUCAAUUCCUGUUGUACAUGAGGAGGACCGUCAGGAGCUUCUCAAUGUAAUUCCAGUUUACAUUAGAAACGAUAUGACUGAGCCACACAAACCUUUAACUCAGUUGCUUCCAGGCAUCAGUCCUGAAGCGCUGGACUUUCUGGAGCAAAUUUUGACAUUUAGUCCCAUGGAUCGAUUGACAGCAGAAGAAGCUUUGUCCCAUCCUUAUAUGAGCAUUUAUUCCUUUCCAACGGAUGAGCCUAUUUCAAGUCAUCCUUUUCACAUUGAAGACGAGGUUGAUGAUAUUCUGCUGAUGGAUGAAAGUCACAGCCAUAUUUACAAUUGGGAAAGAUACCAUGAAAGUCAGUUUUCAGACCAUGACUGGCCUAUUCAUAAUAACUAUGAAGCUGAUGAAGUUCAGCGUGAUCCAAGGGCUCUUUCUGAUGUUACUGAUGAGGAAGAAGUGCAAGUAGAUCCUCGCAAAUAUUUGGAUGGAGAUCGUGAAAAGUAUCUGGAGGAUCCUGCCUUUGACACCCACUUCUCUACUGAGCCUUGCUGGCAGUAUUCGGAUCACCAUGAAAACAAGUAUUGUGAUCUGGAAUGUAGUCACACUUGUAAUUACAAAAUGAGGUCAUCUUCAUACCUAGAUAAUUUAGUUUGGCGAGACAGUGAAGUUAACCAUUAUUAUGAGCCCAAGCUUAUUAUAGAUCUUUCGAACUGGAAGGAACAGAGCAAAGAAAAGUCUGAUAAGAAAGGCAAGUCUAAAUGUGAAAAGAAUGGGUUGGUGAAAGCUCAGAUAGCACUUGAGGAAGCAUCACAGCAACUUGUUGAAAAAGAAAGGGAGAAGAAUCAAGGAUUUGACUUCGAUUCAUUUAUAGCAGGAACCAUUCAGCUUAGUUUACAACAUGAGUCUACUGAUGUUGAUAAAUUAAAUGACUUGAAUAGCUCAGUGUCUCAAAUAGAGUUGAAAGGAUUCAUAUCGAAGUCAGUAAGCAGAGAGAAGCAGGAGAAAGGAAUGGCUAAUUUGGCGCAGUUAGAAGCUCUGUACCAAACUUCUUGGGACAGUCAGUUUGUAAGUAGCGGGGAGGAGUGCUUCCUCAUAGACCAGUUUUGUUGCGAAGUAAGGAAAGAUGAACAAGUUGAAAAAGAAAAUACUUACACCAGUUAUUUGGACAAAUUUUUUAGUAAGAAAGAAGAUGCUGAAAUGCUAGAACCUGAGCCAGUAGAAGAGGGGAAGCUUGGGGAGAAGGAAAGGGAAGAGAGCUUUCUCAGUAACAGUGGAGAACUCCUCUUCAACAAGCAGCUCGAGGCUAUAGGUAUUCCUCAGUUUCACAGCCCUGUUGGUUCGCCACUGAAAUCAAUACAGGCCACGUUAACACCUUCUGCUAUGAAAUCAUCUCCCCAGAUUCCCCACAAAACGUACAGCAGCAUUCUGAAACAUCUAAAUUAAAACACUCAGCAGACAUUUCUUUUAUAUUCAUGAAAUGUGUUUGUCUUUUUUUAUUACUAGUGUAAGUAAUUUUUUUACUUGAAUCAGACGGUGUAAUUUUGGUAUGGAUUUCAUUAGUUUUCUGUUUACCAUUGUUUUUACAAUCCAGAAUUACUUUCUAUACAUGAGUUAGUUUUGUUUUUAAACUGGCAUGUCGUUUGCACACAAAAUUAAAGAAUAGAGCAAAAUAAUGCAAAAUGCAGGAGGUAACAAAAAUGCACUAAACCAAGUAAAAAACCAUGCUCUCAGUAAAACAGUGUCCAUGUUUUGCAGAAAAAGAACCUUGCCUUGAAACUUACACAGUGAGACUGUAAAAAUUGCAUGAAAAGAUCUAUUUUUCCCAAAACAUUUUUUCAUUCAUGCAUAUUUUAGAGUUUUUCAUACUGUACACAUUUCUUAGACACAUGAUACCAGCAGCAACUGAAACGAAUGCAGAAUUUGGUACGCAUGUGUUAUCUACCUCAAGGUAACAGCAGUAUGUGGCAAAACAUUAACCACCCAUAGUGCUUCUCAUUAUGCACUUCUAUUUAGCCAGCAUUAUUGUAGUAGCUAUUCUUAUUGAAAAUCAUUCAAUAUUUAUAAAUGUUCUGGUAUGCAUUCUUUAUAGUGAAGUGUUAAUAUGCAGCACUUUUAUUUAUUUUAGCAAAUAAGUAUAUUUCUGUAAUUAUAGAAAGUCAACUUAAUUUUUGAGUUACCUUUCAGAUAAAAGUUUUUGUUUAGCACUAUGGUUUUAUUGCCUACAUAGCUGGAUAUAUAUUAACAUCGGCUUAUUCUGAGGCUAUCCAAUACAUUUUUUUUAUUUUUAUUAUUUAGCUUUCAUUUCAAGUAAAGCACUCACUGUGUAUAGGAAUUUGUAAUUGGAGGUGCUUGAUCUCUACAAAAGAAAUUAGGAAUUGCUUUAUUAUCAAAUGCUCCUAGAAGUCUUAAUUGUGUUCAUUUUUAAAAAAAUUUUGUAAUGUUAGUUGUGUGCAUGGAAAUAAUUAAGGUACAACAUUACUGUAGGUUAAAGUUCUAUAUGGUGAGACAUUUUGUUUUUACUGUAUGUUUUUACUGAAUGAUUCCUGUCCCACUCCCAACCCCCCUCAAAAGCAAGCAUGAAUAAAAUUAGGUUAAAUAUAGCAUGUAGCAUCUCGGUCUUCUGAAAAUUUGUUUUACCUUCUGAUUUUUUGAAAUACUGGAUGUAUCAUUGCUCCCCUCUUUAAAACGAAAAACAAAUAAAAACAUGGCCAGCAAAAA